AUGGCCGUGCGUCAAACAACACAGGACACCCGCUUUACGGAUUUCCUUCGACUUCUCGUCGAUAAAGAGGACAAUGUGGCUCUCAAAUUUUUUCUGAAGAAUCAGGACAAGUUUCUCACAGAAGAAGCAUGUGGUCCAAUGUCCAAACUAUUCAAGAAGAGACUGGCUGACCGGGCUGAAGAGGACAAGGCGUAUGCUAAGAUUGUCGUUGAGGCAGAGGAACGCAGGAAACGCCUGGAAGAAGAUUACGCCAAAAAAAUGGAGGAAUUUGAAGCCCGAAGACGACGAAAUGACACUACUGGUAUUGAGCAACUGGACAUGCGUCCGGCAUCACCCGCUACUCGACGCUUGAUUUACACUGGUGUCUCCGCCGAAGGAAAUGGCAGGGCAAAGUACUUGAAAGUUCGCAACCGCCAAGGUCCGGACGAAAAGUUUGGCAUGAAGUUAUCCUCCGCGUGGAACGUUGGCUGGCGCCUAUCGGACAACAUUAAACUCGAUGAUAUCAAGAAGUCGCAGUUUGCACGCACCUCCGUAAUGCAAAACACCGUGUACGGCGUAAAUGGCAUUCCAUUCAGUCCCAUUGAAGAGGACAAGCGGGUAUGGUAUAACUGA